CGUGCAGGUUUGUCAUUAAGCGGACAAUGUCGUACCAAUAAAACUAUCUGAUAUCAACAAGUAGUAUAAGAACCUGGUUCGGAUAAUCAUGAGUGGUGGACGUCAGGAUGGACCUUCAAUCGGCCAAUCACCUUGGGAUUUCGUAUAUGCACUUGUAUAGCGGAUAAAGGGUGAUCUAUGUCUGGUAUUCUUUCUCGUGGAUCAGGUGGAGACCUGCAUAUGAUAAAUUCUUGUGACGAAGAGCAUGUCGAAGCAAAGGCAUCUGGUAUAUCAAGAUAAUUGCUGAGAGAGGACAGAAAGUUCGUGGUCCUUGUCUUGAAGGGUGGAUUGUUAUAUAUGAUGCAAUACAAAUAUCACAUUAGAAAUACAUGAGAAAUGACCUUUGUAUACUGUCCAUGUCCACGAAACUCCAUUAGUACAAGGCAUUUUGGGAAAAGAACCGAAAAAUAAAUUUUUUUUGCGGACUUAACCUACAUCGGACAAUAUCAUACUAAUGGAACAUCCGAUCUCAACAGAAAUCAAUCCCACCUUUAUACUCAUCAGUCCACUAUAAAAGCAACAGAUAGCUAGCACUAGUCUCCGCAUUCAGAUCAACAUCCUUUCAAUAUACCUCCCAAAAGAGAGAGAAAGAAAAAGAGGAACUCCUCCAUCAAAGUGAUCAUGGCGAGGAAUAUGGCGGUCAUCAUCUCCAGAAAAUUACUUGUAGCGGUGGUCUUGGCAGCCAUUCUUGCUCUGGUGCGACCCUCGAUCCAGUGGACGGUUUCUGUUGAGAAUCAGUUGAGUUCCAAAAUACUGAUAGUGCGUUGUUGGUCCAUUGAUGAUAGCAUUGGUGUUCAUGCCGUUGCUGUUAAAUCGAAUAUCGCCUGGAGUUUCGAUGAUUGCCUUGUGGGUGACACACAUUUCCAUUGCCACUUGGCCGUCGAAGAUAAGCGUCUUUAUUUCCACGCUUACAGCCAAGGCACCGAGCUUGGAGGUUAUGAUAUUCGGUGGUUGGUUAGGGACGAUGGAGUCUAUCGGAUGGCCGCGAAUGGCACUGAAGAAAGCUUCCCUCACGAGACGUGGGGGAAAUAAUUGUGAAAUCGUAUCGGAGAUUAUAUCGGAAAAAAAGUCAUUGGUAGCGUGUCGGUUUGAGGUUUGGUAUCAUGUGUAUUCCAUGUGCGACUGGAUAGUAGGGUAGGUUUCCAAAACAUUGAUUGGAUGAUAUCCCUUUUUGCUAUUAAAUUCAAUGUAUGAUUGCAGCAAUUCUACUCUGUUAGAAGUGGAACUGAAGACUGAUCUUGGAAAGCUUGAUUGAUGAGGAAGAAGAAGGUAUGGCGCGAAGGGUUGAAUUCGAAGUUGAAGAACGCGUUGGCGGGUCAAUAAAAAGCACUGUUGUGUUGUUUUCGAAGUUGAAGAACACGUUUUGGCGGGUCAAUAAAAAGCACUGUUGUGCAGUGCUGUGUCGUUGAAAGAAGUUCAAUUCUGUAUUAGUUUCAUUUUCUCAUUCUAAUAAAAUCGUCAGAUUGCAAUACAAAUGUUUUCAUACUUUCAUCUUAGGAAUCACUUUUAGGAGAGAGUACUAUAACAAUUUGACGUUUUCAAAAUCGUGAAUUCCGACCCCCUGGCUACACUAAACAUGCAGAAUUCCACUUCCUAAUGAUCGCCCAUGUCAAGAAUCAGCGAGUCUCAAAGACUCGCGUCGUAGAAAGAAGUUCAAUAAUGUAUCUUAUACUACAUAUUAACACACUUACUCAAACGAAAGUCACUCAUAUAGGCUUGAAGUUUGCACAAGCAUCAGGCACCAUAUGCUUACCAAUGGGAUAACCGGGAUUCCAACAUAAGACCUCCCAGUUACAAAAGGCUUUGAUAACAUGUCAAUAACCGGUAAUUCCAAUAAUUCGAGCCAUUGGAAGAAAUUGAAUUAUAGAUCAUAAACCAUUUACUAAAACAUCCCCUCAAACGAAAGUUGCCUUAUAUGGAUUUGAAGUUUUCACAAGUACAAAUACACAUGCUUAACAGAACAGAUGAGGGUUAAUUCAUGGUUUGAUAACACCCACAAAUAAUCAAAAUCGCAAUGGAUGAGUGUGAUUGAUGUGGGUGGAUCGUCGAUUGAAAAUUUCCUAUUUACAUUUAAUUGAGUGGAAGGUGGGUAGGUUCCGGGUCAUCUAAAUGACCUUACCCCCACUUUCACAUGACAAAGAGUUGUUACUGAGUUAUAGUAUCAAGUAGCCAUCAUAUACCCUUAACUGCAACACAUACUAACCAUCGACUUCUAAAGGCAAAAAAUUAAGAAUUUUUUUGAACAACUCCUACUGGUUAAUAUAUUGUGUAUUGUCCAUUAGAUAUAAGAAUGCAAAUUAUAAAUUGUUAAUUGCAUCAAUGUCAUAAAAAGCGUUCAUUUUCUCAAUGCGAUUGGUUGAUGGAAUAAUGAAGAUUUGAUACAUUUGCUAAAGAAGUGAAAUCCGCAUAAGUAAAGAAACUUCUAUGGUUAGUAUCUAUGUUUUCUUUAUCAACGAAUACUUCAUUUAAAAAGGGUCCAAUAAAUGUUGACAUGAGUACUGAAAUAAGUUUGCGUUUAAGUUCUAGAAAAAUUCACAUGAGACAAAGUGGGGUUAUAUAAAUUUUUAGUGUCUUCCUAAUUUACAAGGACUUUAUAAUUUAUAUUUAGUUAAUUUGCUAAUAGAGAGUAGGUGUGGCGUGUGAAUUGGCCGUUAGCUAUCCCGUCCCAAUCGUAUGAACUUUCAAACUCCUAAAGGGUAUCGUUGGGCUUUGUAUUACUGUAUGUAUAAAAUUUGGUAAUGGGUUAUGCAUAUUUCAGUUGGCAAUUAAGGGCUGGUAAAAAAUGUGUGUGAGGAUUGAGGAGAGAUUAGUUUAAAGGUGAAAAUGCACCAUUCUUUUAUAUUAUUUUCCUGUAUUGUUCGAUAUAUCGGUAUAUACCGAUUCCAAUCUAAUAAAAAUUUCAUGUAUUC